AUGCCGAUUGCACCGCCGAUCAACUUCCCCAAGUGGCUUGAGGAGAACGGGCACCUGCUCAAACCGCCGGUGAACAACUUCUGCUUGUACUCAGGCAAGGACCAUGUGAUCAUGGCCGUCGGGGGCCCCAAUGAGCGCAACGACUACCAUGUGAAUGAGACAGAGGAGUGGUUCUACCAGCACAAGGGCGGGAUGCUCCUCCGCGUGGUGGACGACGGCGAGUUCAGAGACAUCAGGAUCGAAGAGGGCGAGAUGUUCCUGCUCCCGGGUACGUCCUCGCCGAUAACGAACACCCCGCAUAACCCCGUGCGCUUCGCAAACACCAUCGGACUCGUCGUCGAACGUGUCCGCCCAGCAGACGCGACCGACCGCCUGCGCUGGUACUGCAAGGCACCCGCGCACACGACGCCGACGAUCAUCCGCGAGGACUCGUUCUACUGCAGCGACCUCGGCACGCAGCUCAAGCCGCUCAUCCAGAACUGGAUGAACAACGAGGCGGUGAGGAAGUGCGCCGAGUGUGGUGCCGUCGCGGAGGCCAAGUAG